UUUGCCGCCGCUUGCCCCCUCUGCCAUCGUCAACGACAUCAUCGAGCGCAGCCAUCGUCCCAGCAGGUACCAACGUCCUCGGCGGCACAGCACUACUCCGAGCAGGCUCACUGUCCAUCUCGACGUCGUUCCCACCACACCAUCGUACAAGCCACGAUGGGCCCUCCCAAGACUGACAAUCUCGCCAAGAACCUCCUGGCCCGCCAUGCCGAGCGCCAGCGCUUUGAUUCGGCGGAUUGGGCCAUGUCCUUGCCCAUGAACACAUCGCUGGGGAAAGAAGUCGCCGUUGCGCCACAUGAUGCAGGGUCGCCACGUGCCGACACCCCGCUCCACGAGCAAGGCGACACGGCGUCCAUGUCAUUCACCGCGCUUGCAACCUCGCCCGGACCAACCAAGCCCACUAGUCCAAUGCCAUCAUCCCCACAACCUGCAAAGUCGUCUAGUCCGUCGGCCACAACAUCCCCUUAAUCUAUCGUGUUUCGUCUUCACA